AUGGCGACCCUCCUCAAAGGCAUCUUCAAGCAGGGCUCCGGCGAAAUGGCCAAGACCCCCAGCUUCAACGACUUCAGCCUGUGCGCGCAGGACGCCGUCGAGACGGAGAUGAAGCGCACGAGCGAGGACGGCGGCGAGCGGCCCUCUCUGGAGAGGUCCAGUGGCGGGAGCCCCGUCGGGAGCCCCAGCGGCGCGAGGAAGGAUGUGUGGCAAGGAGUGUUCAACCCUGGGCGCAACUUCAACAUGGACAAGGUGGGAAAGAACUAUUUUGACCAUGUCGAGAACCCCAAGAGCAGCCCAACGACGUGGGAGUACAUCGUCAAGGCAGACCAUCUGAAGCAGCUGUCCUUCGCGCACUUCGACAAGAACGCGGAUGGAUUCAUCACUGCUGACGAACUGCGUGAGACCCUUGGCCAUGGUGCCAACGUCGAGGGCUUGAUCAAGCAAGCUGACAGGAAUGGCGAUGGGAAAAUCGACUACAUGGAAUUCUGUGAUCUUCUGCGCAAGACCUGA